AUGGCUAUACCAGCACAAAUGGAGCUUUCUGCAUCUGAUCAUGAUUUUACAAAGCUUUCAAUAACUCCUUCAGUAUCAUUGUUUGCCAAUAUUCCAGAAGAUCCUAUUCAAUUAUUUUAUUCUGGACAAGUUUAUAUUGCACUAAAGAAUACAACCUUUGAGGCUAGUUCAGCUCUUAGGCAUGCUACAGAAUUUUAUGAUUCAAUAGAACAACAUUAUUCUAAUGCUAGUUCUUUGCCAGAAAUUGUUAUAAUUUAUACAAAUGGAGGUCCUGACCAUCGAUGUAAUUUUGGAUCUGUUCAAAUUUCACUUAUAUCACUUUUUUUAAAUGGUGAUUUUGAUUUAGUUAUUGCUGCACGUACUGCACCUUAUCACACGUGA